AUGUCCCACUCGAGUCAAGCCACUCCAACUGCUCUAGCAGCUUCGCCUGCCUUCGGCUUUUCCGAUCUCGGCUGCGAGGACAACAAGCCUUUGUCUGAGACCAAUCCUCCGCCCACAAAGGGCAUUGUGUUUAACAACAAUGGCAUCUUCACAUCAUCAGACAAGCAGGCUCAAGCACUGCACUGCAGCUACAGUGACAACAGUGAAUACCUAGCUGCAGGCGAACAGAUAGCUCAGUCUAAUCUACACCAUAACACGCGAUGUCUCUGUCUUCACCAGUAA